CAUGGAAAUGACCCUGUGACUUCAAAGAGUUGUACUAUGACUGCUUUCAACCAUCAAAAAUAUUUUUCUUCCUUCAACUUUCAAGAUUUUUCUUCACGCCUGAACGAACCUGAUGCUAUAAUUGUUGAGAUAGCCGGUGAGGUUACUUCAAGUCAAGUUGUAAAACCCGACAUAGAAGACGAUCAAAAGCGAUGGCUAAUUGUUGGAAUAUGUCUGCACAGCGUCAUAUCUCCCGCCUUAAGACAGUACAUUCCGCCCGUUGUGAGCAAAUUGUACAGCACUUUGAAACGCACAGACCAGGUGGACAAACAGACAUACGCCAAAUAUCUAAUACGAUAUAAACCUACAAACAAAGAGCUAAACUACGAGGCAAUUAACAACAACAGUGCUGUACCAAAGGUGAAAGGGAAGAAAGAUGUACAGAAUUAUAACUACAAUGUAACUAGCGAUGUGGACCUAACGAAGCUGUUUAUGAUAACCAGUAUGGCCCACUAUACCGGGUUUGACGAUACGUGUGACUCGUCGGCGCUGCUGGGAAUCAUUAUAAAUAUUGAUACAUUCCCUGUUUUACCAAAGCAAACAGCUGAAAAGGUGCGUGCAGACAUUCGGAAUCCUUGGGCUCAUUGCAACUUUUCUGAGUGGGACGUCAUCAAGUAUCAAAACUCAUUCCAGCUAAUGCACCAGUUUGUUCGGAACCUGCAACUUCCGGUACAUGAUGAGACAGCAAUUCUAGGGAAACUGACUCACUGGCAAACAAAUGGAGUGCAGUUUCUACAAGGCACAACCCUUGGAGUAGAGCUGGUACAGGAACUGAAAAAUGAAACAAGAGCGCUAAGUAAAUUCAUUCUUGACAUUGUUCCACAAACAGGUGAGAGUUUUAACGCUGUUCAUAAUGCUAUACUCUCUAUGGAAGGCAUUUUAAAUGAAACAACUGAUAAAAUAAAUCAUCUAGAGACGGAUACGUCGGGAUUGAAAGGCAAAUUGAAUGUGCUGACAGAUACAGUUAAUGAUUUGCAAGAUGCACAUGAGCAGUAUUCUGAGACAGUUGAAAAUAUGAAGGCUGAUAUAGAAGAUGUUCAGUCUAAUGCCAGUAAAACACAGCUGGAGGUUGUUGAUUCUAUGCAGAGGGUUGACCACAUAGAAAGCCGUUUAGACCAUAUAUCAUUGGGAGUAUCAGAAAACAGGACUACACUACAUGAUACUAAGACAGAAAUUAUAUAUGUUAGGGCUGAUAUUGAAACUGCAAAAACAGAAGUUAAAAACAUGAAGACUGAACUGGAGGAUGCAAAAGAAAAUAUGAAAAAGAGCAAAUUUGAACUGCAUAGUACAAAAGCUGACAUCGCUAAAAAUAGAGUUGAUAUUGAGGAGUUAACUAAAUAUUUGUCAUCAGUUAGGCCAAACGGCAAAGUCUUUUUCUAUCCCCCAGAUAGAAUUUCUUCAUUUGUUAGUCGUGAGGAUGAAUUGGAAACGCUUCAAAAAGAGUUUCAAAGACGUAGCAACGAUCAUCAUGUACAAGUUAUUUGUGGAUUAGGCGGAAUUGGAAAAACAACAUUGUCUGUUGAAUAUGCUUGGUCGUUCCAAAGCUUUUAUCCUGGAGGUGUAUUUUGGAUGUCGGUGGAAACAACCGAAGCAUUGGAAGAUUCUAUACAACGUCUAGCCAUAGACACAAAUACAGUUGGGAAAAAUACAAAAGAAACGCUCACAAAGACGCUAAAAUGGAUGUCCUCUAUACAAGAUAGAUGGCUGCUUGUGAUCGACAAUGUAGAUAUGGAGGAAAUUAGAAGUAGUUUGAAAGAAUUGCUUCUCGGAGCUUGGAAAAGGAAUUCAAAAGGUCAUAUUAUAAUUACAUCUAGAAGGGAUGCGGAAGAAGCGGGAGAGGUGUUCAAUGUCAAAUUAAAGGACUGCAUAUCACUAGAUGUACUGACUGAACGUGAAAGCGUUCAGUUCAUGACAACUCGCUCGGGCUGUAAGAAUAAUAAAAACGAUCGCAGUCUCGAAUUAUUAGUAGAGGAGCUCGGAGGUCUGCCGCUCGCUUUGGAACAAGCAGCCGCACAUAUUAAAACUUUACAUUGUACCUUCCAAGAAUAUCUUGAAAAAUUUAACCGAAAAAGACUGAAAAUACUCAAAGCAAGUAGAUCUCAUUUUGACGUAUCAAAAGAACGCCAAGCGGUACGGACAACAUGGCAAUUGAAUUUUGACUAUAUAGAAAAGCAGUCCGAAGAAGAAGGACUUGGAUGUGCAGCAGUUACUGUUAUGGAAAUAUCAGCAUUUUUGUAUGCAGAGGAAAUUCCACUGACUAUUUUAAAUGAAGGUUCACCCAAGGUUUUGGACGAAGAUCUUCUUGACGCGUUCCAGGAAGAAAUAGGAGUCAAGCAAGUUGCUGAAAUACUUGCACGAUUCUCUUUGUUCAGUCGAUGUCGUGGCAGUACCCUCAGUGUCCAUCGGUUAGUGCAGGAGGUCAUCAGAGAAAAUCUGACCGAUUCAGACCGAAAAGCUUUUAUCCUUCAAUGCGCAACACGUAUGAUAAAUAAGGCUCUUGAGAGGACGCAGUCGCCAAGAGAAGCUUUAAAAGAAGAAAAUGUGGGCAGAGCUUCAUUACAGAUUUGGAGUAAAUUAGCACUCCAUGCAAAUACAUUGAAAACCUAUUUGUUCGAGUUUACAAAGACCAAUAGAAAACAGAUUUGCUUUAAUAUUGAAAGCACAAAGCUUUUACAAACGAGUGCAAUAUAUCACAGUCUGUUUCAGCGGCAAGACGAGGCGUUGGCCUGCCAAGCUCAAAUGUUGAGCAUCAUACCGGCACUUGGCAUUGCUGAAUCCGAUUACAGAGAUCUAACCUGUAUUAAGAUACCCCUUUUACAGAAGGACCGACAGAUUAUUCAAAGUAGUAUAAUAAUGGCUAUAUCGACGGGAACAGAACCAUUGGUUGGAAUAGAUCAAGAACAAACCGUUGCGCUGUUGGAUCCAGAACCAUUGCGUAUUUUGGGAAAUGACGCUUUUAAGUCACAGAAAUACCAAGAUGCCAUUCAUUUUUAUACUGAAGCAAUCACUGCCAGUCAAGGUAAUAUUGAUCCAAAAGUUCUUUCAAACAGAAGCCUUUCCUACUUAAGAGUGUUUGAUUUUGAAAACGCAUUGCAUGAUGCAGAUUUAUGUAUACAAAUUGACCCAAACGCACACAAAGCGUAUUGCUGGAAGGCAUAUGCAAUUGCUAAUCUUAUUCGUCUUGGUGUGUUGCCGAAGUCCUGGGAAUCGGCUGGUUUGGCAGCUGCAGCUGUUGCCGGAUUUCUUAAUAAGCAGUGUUUACUAGAAUACAAUAUGAAAAUUGAAUAUCCAGUUGUACGAUUCCAAAUUAUAGAAAAUCAAUCCACUCUGGGACAGGAAAUGGUUUCCAUGAUAAAUAGGGCUUAUACCACAUUAUUGCUACCUAAAGGCAGUUACCAAAUAGAUCUGCAUAAAGGAGAGAUCGUAACAAAAAGUGUCCAAAUUAUCGGUAUAGAAGAAGGUGUUGAAAUCCAUAGCCCACUAGGAGUUCCCUUGAUACACCCGAGUAAAAUAAGUUCUAAGUUUCAAUUCGAAACAGAAAUUAAUGUAUUUUUCGAAAACGUGACUUUUCCUUACGAUACUGGGGGAAUACUUGUUGAUGGUCGAGUGAACGCAACAUUCUACAGAUGUGUGUUUUCAAACGGUAGAAAGGGCUGCGAAGACUUUCCGAUUUGUAAAGGUCUUGUUGGUUGUGUAAAUCCAAAUCCGGACGAGUGCAGAAAGUUAUGUGCGUCACAGAAAAGAGUGCCAUGUCCACAAUCGAGCGGAGUCGUUGGUUUUCCCGGAAUAAACGCAAAAGGGGUUGGAAAUGUAUUAGUAGAUAAUUGCACACUAAACAGGUGCGGUGGUGGGGGCACUCUCAGUAUUGAAGGUUCGGUUCUUAAGAUCAGGAACAGUACCAUUCGUAAUAUGAGACAGAUGGGUGUUGAGGCAAGGGAAGGAGGCUUUACAGUUGCUGAAAAUUGUAUAAUUUGUGACAAUCAGUUCCAUGGAGUGGCGAUAGGACCAAAUGGAAGAGGGAUUGUCAGAAACUGUGUCAUACAAAACAACAAAAGUGAAGGCAUUUGGUGCGGAGGCAAUCUGAAAUAUAAAGCCCAGUUCAAGUUAAAACAAACAAAGGGCGGAUCUACAUGCAGGGUUUUUGAUAAUUUAAUCUAUCAAAAUGGAAUGUCUGGAAUAUCCUUUGACGGUGGAUCGUAUGAUGUUUCUGGAAACAAAAUAUUUGAUAACUGGUUUUGGGGAAUGAUGGUGAAAUCUAGAUCAACAACAAACAUAUGCAACAACGAUAUUUUUGAGAACAAGUGUGGCGGCAUAAGAAUUGGAGUAAAUUACUCAGCACCAGUCGUGAUGGAUGGAAAUUCUAUCCGGGACCAUACUGGCCCUGCUGUUCAUACAGAAAGGGAUCCCAAAACGAAUGAUCUUUUUAAGUCGUUACAUGGAAACAAAGCUCUAAUGAAAAUGAAGGAAGAUUUUGGUAUGAUGGAGGAUGAGAGCACAGUUUUUUCAAUACCACCUAUCAUAACAACAAGGAAUGUAAUCGAAAAAAACAACAGAGGCAGACAACAUCCACGACAAAUCCUAGACCUUGUAGAAACAUGUUGUUUCUGUCAUAUUGAUUCUAACAAACUAAAAAAAUGUGCGGAGUGUAAGAAGGCAAGCUAUUGUUCUAAAGAAUGUCAGAAACAACACUGGAAACGUCAUCAGAAUAUAUGCAAACUUAUGACUGAAAACUUUACCGUAGACAUAAAGAUGUCAGACACGACUACGUGGGAUGAAUACAACUCAAAACCAUCAGGCUGGGUUAGUAUCCGCGGAACAAACGCUCCUUUGCCAGGUUUAGGGGAAGGUACACCUCCAGACAAGUCAAGUGAUAAAAGAUUUAUUGUCAAGAUACAAUCAGGAAACGAAUACUCCAGUUAUGAUCCAAAUAAGGAGUUACUACUGUAUGACCAAACUCAGACCUUGGAUAUGUUUUUCAGAAACUCUAACAUCUAUCACUUAGUUUGCGAGUGUGGUGUUCUAGCUGCAACGAAAUUCACUACAAAGAAAAUGUUCUGUUGGGCUUCUUUUAAAAACAACGGCAAAACACUGCGUAUAUAUACAGACACUUUGCCACCAUUUCAAACGUGGUAGUCAUACAGGCAAUAUAGUGUACCAGAUGUUCAAAACACAACAAAAUACUUAGUGUACAUUUUCACCUGUUCGUGUUUAGAAGUUUGUUAUCGAAUGUAGGAAUGAAAUAUUGCAAUUGAAAUUUGUACAAAAACAAUCGUCCGCAAGUGAUGCAUGAUAUACUUUUGAGAGAGACUGAACUUAAAUGUCAGUUUGAUAUGAGUUGCAUGUCAAUAAAUUUAAUAUUCGGUGAAGCAAUCCUAUAUCGUUUUUUUAAUGACGAAACAAAAAUAACAACAACAACAACAAAACAAAAUGGUAAAGGUACAUGAACUUCUGUCGCAUUAAAUAAUCUACUCGUGAUAUAAAUACAACAGUGCCAGAUUUCGAACAUUUGAAAAUGUGAGUCAUCCAGGGUCACACACUCAACUCAUUGCACGGACGUUUAUGAUAGAUAAUCUUUUGGCAGACUGAUUGUGCUGUACUUCUUAAACGUCACGGACUGCUUCAACAAAAUACUCAGAAACUUGGUUAAGUAUGAUAUUGUUAAUGUAAUCUAAAUAAUGUUAAUCAGUAGUAUUACUUGUUGCAGGUAAUGAAAACAUCUCGUAAGUAAUUUUCUGAAGAAAACUUGUGUGACAUCAAAUAAUGUUUUCAAAAAUCACUUAUUGCACAGGAUUUUUUUGUGCGAUUUGUUUUAUCUCGAUUUUCAUAAAGUUCGUAUCAAACGCAUAAUUACUUUGUUUUCACCAGGCUUUCACACAGCCACUAAGAAUAUAUUUUUGUUUCUAUAUUCGUCAUCAACAUUUGUUGUCCGUUCGUUUUUUCUUGUUUCACUUUUGGUAGCCUGGGUCAAUGUCAUUAUUGAUAAAUAUAGAAAAAACGUCUUUCGAACAAUAAUUUAGAAUGAAAAGCUUUUAAAAAGAUUACAUUCAAUUGCAUUUACGUGUUUUUGCAGACCGAGAAUGAAACCUUUUAUCGUGUUCAGCGGGUGAUAGCGAGUGAUACCGAUUCAAUGAACUUGCUUCUUGAUUUUGCAUUUGGUCGCGUUUUAUCUUUAUUUUAUGUAUAUGGUGUCAGUGGGGUCAAGUUCAAGAUCUGUAUAACCGAUUUAAUGAAUCAAUGGAGGCGCAGUGGUCUAAGGCGUUGGGCCAUUGUACCUUUUGUAAUUUUACGGUAGUAAUUUUGGAGUGCGGCAGACGAGUAAUGGUUCUAAUCUCGGUCCGGCCUUGAUAUUUUUUGGUAAUAAAAAAGAAUCAUUUAGAUGCCGUAGGCUGAAAGACACAGUUACUAAACAUAUUUCUUUUGCUUGAAUUGUCAUGAAAAUUUAGUAUCCGUUCCUUUUUGCUUGUUUCACUUUCGGUAGCCUUGAUAAAUGUUAUUAUUAAUUAAUAUAGAAAAAAAUUCGAUCAAUAAUUUAGAAUGAAAAGCUUUCAAAAAGACUAGAUUCAAUUGCAUUUACAUGUUUUUAUAGGCAGAGAACGAAACCUUUUCCCGUUUAGCGGGUGAUACUGAGUGAUAGCAAUUCAAUGAAUUUGCUCCUUGUUUUUAUUUCGGCGUCGGCGUCGGCGUCGUAAGUUUUAUGUUUAGGUCAGCUUUUCUCCUAAACUAUCAAAGGUAUUGCUUUAAUACUUGUAACACUUGUUCACCAUCAUAAGCUGACCCUGUACAGCAAGAAACAUAACUCUGUCCUGCUUUUUGCAAGAAUUAUUGCCCCUUUAAUUUUGAACUUAGAAAUUAUCAGAUUUAUUGGUUAAGUUUUAUGUUUAGGUAAACUUUUCAAGAAUUAUGGCCCUUUUUGGACUUAGAAAAUCAUGGGUAGGACAAUUUUUGUAUUAUACAAAAAAAAUCAGAUGAGCGUCAGCACCCGCAGGGUGGUGCUCUUGUCUUACUUUAUGUAGUGUUUUUGCAAGAUUGCUCGUAGGUUGUUGAGACGGGCAAUAGGCAAAUAUAUAUAUGAUGGUGGUGAUUUAGUUCGUAUAAAUUCUCUCUACUAUAUAUACCCAGUGGGCAUUCGACGUCGGAUACGGACGUCGAUUCGACGUUGUGUUUUGGUUGAAAAUGUAAGUUUUUUAGACGUCGAAACCCCGACGUCGAAACAACGUCGACACCCGACGUCGAUUCAACGUCGGGUUUCCAACGUGUAAACAACCUAUUUUUCAUAACGGUUUUCUUCAAGAAGCUAUAAUUAAGCGUCGAUAUCGACGUUUUCUAAAUCAGGACUUUUAUGUGAAACUUCCUUUGAUUCCAAUUUCUCUAGUGAUAACUUUAUUGGAUUUAGAAAGUAUAAUUGUUGACUCGUUUCUCGUUGUUUACAACCGGAAAUGAAUAUAGCACGUGGGUUUUUGGCGCGUUAAGUGAAAAACGUUUUUUUCCAUAUUUUUAAAGUUUCUGUGAUUCAUUUAGGUUUAAUUCAUGAUAAAAAUGAGUUUAAAAAAUAUCUAAUUUAAAAAAGAUGAAAAAAAAAAAAAAGUACAAUGUUUACUUCAGAAAAAUCGUCUCCUAGCGGUGACUCAUACUUUAUCAAGGGAGGUAAACUAGUGAAUGCAGUUCCUGGAGAAAUUGCGAUGCAUCUUUUAUCCAUUUCCGAUUAAUUUAUUAAUUAAGAAAAUGACUAAAUUUUAUUGUAAAACGUUAACCAGGUCCACUUGCAACUAUUACAAUUUCGACCAAAAUUCAACGUCGAUACAACGUCGAAACCUGACGUCGUACCGAUGUCGCACUUUCGACGUCGGGAAGACGUUGUAUUUUGGUUGUCGACGUCGCGACCUAAUAACAACUUAGAACUGACGUCGUUUCGACAUCGCAUGCCCGCUGGGUAUAUAUAUAUAUAUUCUGUAAUCAUUAUUAGCCGAAUAUAGACACAGAUUUAUGUUUUUAUCAUUAUCUGGUACAAGUCACUUUCACAGCAAGCUACGAAACACGUUUUAGUUAAAUUCAUUGUUUGCUACUACAUUGUAUAUGUACAGAAACAGGAGUUGUUGUGCUUUUCAGAAAGGCACUAUACGUAGAAACAUUAUGUUUAACAUUCUAUAAGCAUACUUUGAACGUCUAGUGGGAUAAUUUACGGAGUAUGUGGACAAAUCUUUCAUUGCAUAAAUUAGUAAAAUUAGAUUAAUAAAGUGCUGGUUUAGAAUGAAGACAGUCGUAAGUUGUUUAAUUAUCUUGAUGAACACUCAGUUUUUGAUAAUAAAUAGCCUUAAAGUAUCUAUCAAACAACUACCGCGAUACAUCUUACUGUCUCUAAAAUACAUGUAGUCUAUGUUUACUUAUAUUAAUGUAUUGAUUUAAUUAUAAUUUAUUUCCUGACUGCCUUUGUUAUGUUCUUUGAUCUAUGACAGCUUAGAUUAUUCACUAAACUAUAACUGCCUUUGGCCAAGUUGAAAUUGUAAAUUGUUAGAAAUAGUAUAUCUGAUAAAUGAGCUAAAUAUGUCUGCCCUGUAAAUAUAUUACUAGGGUUACGUUUUCCUAUUAUA